AUGAGUGCUGCAAACCUCCCGCCCCACAAGGCCUAUGCCAGAGGUUACGUCAUCGAAGGAGCGCCCGGGAUGGAGCGGGCGGCGUUGGCCGCUUAUUCCACCACCUCCGCCGCCUCAGAACCUGCCUCCUCCACCUCUUUCUCCGCCUCCGCCCCCCGUUUCCCCGCUGCCGCCCUCUCCUCCGCCCCCUCUUCCCUCUCCCCCGCCGCCGCCGGCUCCCGCUUCUCCGCCACCUCUCCAGCGUACCAGAACCUGAGGCAGAAAGUGGAUAAUUUUGUGUCAACGCAUCUGGACAAGCAGGAAUGGAACCCGACGAUGAACAAGAACCAGCUGCGGAACGGCCUGCGGCAGAGCGUGGUUCAGUCAGGGAUGUUGGAAGCUGGAGUGGACAGAAUCAUUUCUCAGGUGGUGGAUCCCAAACUGAACCACAUCUUCAGGCCACAGAUAGAGCGAGCCAUCCAUGAGUUCCUGGCGGCCAAGAAGAAAGAAGCCGCUCCAGCGCCCCCUCCAGAGCCGGAGAGCCAGGACGCCCCGGGCCCCGCCCAGGACGCCUCCUAAGACGACACCUGGCAUCUUCUGGAAGCUCCACUGAACAGUGGUGAAGUGGACUCAGUUCAUAACGGUACGGCUUCAGACGAAGACAGGCCAAGGUCGUCGCUGAUUUCACCUUUGACUUUGGAGCGUGGUCCACGCUGAUCGGGGAGCAAGUUUGGCGGCAGGAAUGCUGGCCUGUGUGCCCCUGCCACGUGGCCAGCCUGUCCCAGGGACCACACCAGCAGACACUACAGAGAACUAAAGAAACACUACAUCAACCAGGGUUGUCCUGGAACAGACCUUUAUACUUGAACUUGGACUCUGCGUGUGGGCUUUAGGGUUUGUGUUUGGGGAAAAACAAAAGCUGCAAUGGAGGAAGGUGAGCGGUCCCACGGGGGCAGCUCCUGGGAAGGGCCGCGGUGAGCUGGGAGGGGUCUGUGGCCGGGCUUGUUGGCAUUGCUUCUCAGAGUUGCAGACUAGAGUGUACGAGCCGUGCGCAUCGAACGGCUUUAAAGUUGUUAUGACCCUCUUGUGCGUGAACCUUGUAGCUUUAGUGUCCUUUCCCCGAAGCGGCGACUAGCGCAACCCCACAAUGCAGGUCACCCCGACACUAGUAAAGGGAACGUUUGCAGGCUCCCUGUCCAGGGCUGGUUCCUGCCCUGCCAGGAUAGGAAGUUUUGGGUGUGUUUAUUGUAUUCUCAUGUUUGCGUUUUUUAGAAAGUGGGUGGUUAAUAGCCUAAGUUUUAUAAUAAAAUCAUUUGAUACUCUUACUCUGAGGCUCCCACUAAAUCUUAGACCCCAGGUCCGAAAGGUAAACCUUCCCCCCACCCACAUGCCACUCCUGUGCACAGCGCGUGACCUCGGCGGGGAAGGGUCGGAAGAAGUAACGUGAAAUGCCGUCCCCUGAAGCCGCAGGCGCAGGUGGACGUGGCGGGCAGGUCCUCCCCUCCCCUGGACCAGUUAGUGCUGGUCUGCAGCUGAGGGCAGUGCCUUAUAUUCAUGUUUCUCAGACUUGAAAGUGCAGGAGGAUCACCCAGGAAUCUUGGAAAAAUGCAAAUUCUAGUGAAAAAUUUCUGGGUCGGAUCUGGGCGUGUGUCUAACAAGCUGGUGAUGCUGAGGCUGCUGGUGCUCUGCAAGCACAGUGCCCCCGCCCCCGCCCUGGGUCUUCGGUUCUUAGUUGAGUCCGCUACUGGAUAUUGUUAACCUAAUAACCUAUCACCUGCAAAAGUCCUAACUUAACGUCAUCAAUCGGUUCUCGGAAACUACAACAUGAAGUAAAACGAAAUAUGGCAAAAUCUGUCCUACCACCGGCUAAUUGGUAUACACAAGAGCUUAGUUCCCAUGGCAUCCUGGUCACAGAAACAUCACCAAACUUCUACAUAAAAGACCCAAAACACUGCUAAUAUUAAAGAAACAAAUGCGAGCUAUAUGUACCUUUAAAAAUGAUGAAGAGAAGCAAGACCAUUAUUUCCCAACCUGCUUAUUCUAGUCCAGGGUCGGCCACAGGUGGCCAGUGUCCUGGCAGCUUGGAGGCAGCCCCGCCCUGCACAGGACAUUGUGUUUCUAUGUCAGGAGUCACAGACCAGAGAUGAUUUCAUCUGAAAUGGUUAUCAGAUCCAGAAGUCACUACAGACACCGCUGUUGGCACAGAGGACUGACUUUUUGGCUCAGGUGAGCCCAACUGAAAGGAAGUAGUGCCCGUAAUACCUUGAGUAAAAGUAGUUUCAUUGUCAGGCUGGGGAGGGGAGUCAAGACCAACGGCACUAGGGGAGCUGGCAGAGGUUUUCUCUGAACUCCCCUUAUCUGCCUAAGGACAGAUCCUCCAAAAGGAACUGAAUUGUCAUUAAUCCUCUUUCUGGGAGUUUCAUCAACCAGAGAAGAUUGACUUAUUACAGGAGAGGAGACCAGAAGUCCACACCACACCCAGACAAACUCUGUCACAUACUAUCAUACCCCCCAUCUACUCAAGGGCCCAUUUGUCUUACCUAAAAGUCAUUUACUCUCCCCAAAGAUGCCUACACAUCCCCCUUCCUCCUUCCUAAUUAAGAUGGUAUUUAAGCCAGAGUUCUAAGCCACCUCAGAGAGUUACUCAUUUUUCCCUGGGUAUCUCCCACAUAUACAUGAGGGACACAUGUUUAAUAAACUGUUACUCUGUU